AUGUUCAAGGUCUUACUGGGACUCUUGCUGGCUGUUGGUACUCCCGUUGAAAUCGUUACACUUAUCAUAUUCACUAUCCAGUGUAUUGGAUCAAUAUUCGAGGAGCCGGAUUCCAAUAAGGAAGCAAAUCCUUCACUAAAGGCAGAUCAAAUCGUUUCCGAUCCGAGCACCGGGCAAACGAAAACAGCGGGCGCGAACCCCUUACCAGAAGCUAAAGCUGGUAAGAAUAGUCAUUAUCCGGAUUCAAUCCAGUUGGUCGAUGUCCUUGAUGAGGAAAUACGCCUUGCGAUUGAGACUGAGAUUCUUGAGGUGUUGCGUGCGAGGUGA